AUGUCAAAGCGUCAAAGAGAAGAAGCCAAUAUUGAGUCAAUUAGGGCCAUCCUUGGAGACAUUCCUGUCAAGACGAUUGAAGAUUUAUUGCACAGGUCUAACCAAAAUGUCGAGACUGCGGUCAAUUUGUAUUUCUCGGACCCUUUACCAAUUAUACCAACACAAACUUCAAAAAACACAAGCAAGCCUAAAUUAGAAAAACCAAAAGGAGAAAUCAAAUAUUACAUUGGCGAUCUCGUUAUUACAGGAUGGUCCUUAUUAAAGGGACCUAGUCCAGUCAAAGAAGGCAGUGUCAUUAGCAUUAUGCGAGAUAAAGUGAAUAAUUACUCCAACAAAAUUGUUCGAUUUGGAUCUGGAGGAAAGGAAUUAGGUCGAUUACCAAAAGAGGUUGCAGACUACAUUGCAGCCCUCAUCGAUUUUAACCUCUGUAAAUUUGAAGGAACACUGGUAUGGUGUCCACCUCAGUUGAAAAUCGGUGAAGAUAUGAUUAUUCUUCUCAAAUGCUACAUGUUGCCUGCCGCCAUGCACACCAAUACUUUCAUGUCAAGCGUCAUUCCAAAAGCGAAGAGGGGCUUCAACAACAGGUCUGUGGAGGAACCAUCGACUCUGAGAAAAAUAGCGCUUCUCCAAAUCUUCAAAAGCUUGGGUUUAAGGCCUGCUCGUUCUUCUAUCCAAAGAAUGAAUGUGGGCAGCGAUGACACUUGGGACUUGCUUUUACAAAAUGUCGAGACAAAAGCGGAAGAGCCCGAAGAAGACGAAACAAAUGAGUUUGACGAAGAAGAGAAAAAGGAAGUGUCAGACGAUACGCUUGAUCAUAUAUACGAAAAGGCUCAAGUGUUUGAUUCACAUAUUCAACCAAUGGAACAACCUGAUACAAUGGCACUGGAAUUGAAGGAAUAUCAAAAGAGAGCAUUGGCAUGGAUGACAGCUAAAGAAUCGACAGACGCAUACGAUGACGGGGAUAUCGAUAUGCGCGCAAUACAUCCUUUAUGGGAAGAGUAUGAGUUCCCAGCUGAAUGUGAAGGCGAUAACCGUUUCUUUUAUUUUAAUCCCUACAGUGGCGAAUUAAGCCUGGAAUUUCCAGAAGCAUCCUCACAGGAAAAGGGUGGUAUUCUAGCUGACGGAUCUAAGCCCGGCACUAUCACAGUUGAGGUUUUCUAUGGAGAUGAAAGGAGUCAUAGCACGAUCGAAAAAAUGUGCCAAUGGAAUGGAUCUGCGCCCGAUGUGUUACUUACAACUUAUGGUGUCGUGAUGGGCGAUUGGAGUAAAGUGCAGACCAAUAGCUCGCACGCUUCACCAUUGUUCGGCGUUGAGUUCUGGCGUGUUGUUCUUGAUGAGGCUCACCAAAUCAAGAAUAAAACAACGAAAACAUCCCUUGCUUGUAGAGACAUUAAGUCGAAGCGUCGUUGGGCCGUUACAGGCACACCUAUCCAGAAUAAGCUUGACGAUUUGUAUUCACUUGUACGAUUCUUAAGACAUGAACCCUGGGCCAACCAUACCUUCUGGAGAACUUUUAUUUCAAUACCCUUCGAAAAACAGGACCCUCGUGCUUUGACAGCUGUUCAAAGUGUAUUGGAGCCAAUUGUUUUACGUCGAACAAAAGCUAUGCGCGAUAGAAAAGGACGACCUAUGGUGCCAUUACCACCAAAGACGAUCCAUAUUGAAUACUUGACAUUUUCACCAGAGGAACAGGAUAUCUACGAUGCUAUCUACAAUGACUCACAAAUCAAGUUUUCAUAUUUCUGUCAGGCUGGAAAAGUGGGUGUGAAUUAUGCCUCCAUCUUUCAACUCUUGACUCGGUUGAGACAAAUCUGCUGUCAUCCUUAUCUUGCACUGAAAAGUAAAGGAGAUGACGAAGAAGUCAAAUCAGAAGGCGGAAAGGGUAUUCGUUUGGAGGAUCUCAUUGCAAAACAUAAUACAAGUAAAGCUUUGACCAACCAGGAUAUCCCAUCCGAACAUGGUACUUAUGGAUUGAAUGUGUUGCAAAACAUGCUGGCUUUACAAAAGGGGUCCUCACAGUCUGAUAUGGAGACUCAACACAGUUCACCCAUGGACGCCUUAUCAACAAUGACGGAAGAAUGCCCAAUUUGUUUCGAAACACCCGAGACAAUGAUUGCAUUGCCUUGUAUGCAUAUGGCCUGUCGGAUAUGCGUGAUGGAUUAUUUCCAGAAAAAAGAAAACGAAGGAGCCGCUGGAGAAUGUCCUAUCUGCAGACAAGGUCCUAUACUCCAAAGCGAUUUAUUAGAGAUCGGACAGAAAUCAAAUGGGACAGAGACACCAGACUCCCAAAAGGGUAAAAAUGUCAAAUUUGAUAUUCGAAAAGCAGUAGGAGGGUUUAGACUCUCUACGAAAAUGAACGCGUUAAUCAGCCAUCUGCGGCAGAAUGAAAGGGAUAAUUGUAAGACUGUUGUGUUUUCACAAUUCACUAGUUUCCUGGAUUUGAUUGGUGAAGCACUCGAUUAUGAGUGUAUUCACUUUACACGAUUAGACGGCACGCAAUCUCAGGCUCAACGCGAAAAGGUCCUCUCAUCAUUCUCCAAAGCAGAAGAAGGCUCGGCUUCAGUCUUGUUAAUCAGUUUAAGAGCUGGUGGCGUCGGUCUCAAUUUGACCUGUGCUAACCGAGUGGUCAUGAUGGAUCCAUGGUGGAACUUUUCGAUUGAGGCACAGGCUAUUGAUCGUGUUCACCGUCUUGGUCAGUUGAAAGAUGUCACAGUGACACGAUUUGUGAUGCGAGAUACUGUAGAAGAACGUAUCUUAACGAUCCAGAACCGUAAGCACGUGCUUGUCAAUGAAUUAUAUCAAUCUCGAGAUCAUGCAAAGAACCGAAAGAUGGAUGACCUUCAAUUACUGUUUAGUAAAAGUGGUGCACUUUAG